AUGGUCAGAUCUUUCGCUUUGUUGGCUUCUCUCGUUGCUCUCGUAUACGCCAACCCGCAUGGCGAACGUGCCAUGCGUGUACACGAGUUCAUCGACGGUCCUCCGGCCGGAUUCGUGCACAGCGGCUCUGCCUCUGCUAACCUUACGCUCAGCCUCCGCUUCGCACUCGUGCAGAACAACUUCAAAGGGCUAGAAGAUGCUCUCUACGCUGUCAGCACUCCCGGCAGCCCCCAGUACGGCCAGCACCUGUCCAAGCAAGAGGUCGAGGCUCUCGUUGCGCCGACUCCGGAGACUGUGGCAGCCGUUAAUGAAUGGUUGUCGUCUAACGGCAUUGAGUCUUCCAAGGCUUCGCCUUCAGGCGACUGGAUCUCCGCCCCCAUGACUGUUGAGCAAGCCAACAAGAUCCUCGAUGCGAACUUUGCGACGUUCACGCAGCUUGACACCGGGGUCAAGGCCGUUCGCACCCUGUCGUACUCGAUCCCCGACUCUUUGAAGGCUCACAUCAGCCUCAUACAUCCCACCGUCGCGUUCCCUUUGAGGACGAGCAGGCCACCACUGACCAAGACGAAUGUGAAAAUCAUCCCCAACCCACCUUCAAACGCGACUUCAGACAGCGUACCAGCGUCCUGCGCGAGCCAGGUGACACCUGUUUGCCUGCAGGCGCAGUAUGGAAUUCCUGCUGCCCCGGCUACGCAAUCGUCCAACCAACUUGGUGUUUCUGCUUUUCUGAACCAGUUCGCUAGUGUCAGCGAUCUUCAGGAUUUCUUGGAAGAAUUCCGACCAGAUUUACCGUCCACGAACAGUUUUGAAGUUCUGAGUGUUGAUGGCGGGGAGAACGAUGAGAGUGAUCCCGGCAUCGAAGCGAGUCUCGACAUCGAGUAUACCGUUGCUGUUGCAUCGAACGUGCCUAUAACGUUUAUCACCGUGGGCGACGGAACAGCCACCGGGUUCUUGGACGAGAUAAAUGCGCUACUCGCCCUUGACAAUCCGCCUCAGGUCCUGACAACCUCAUACGGUUUCGACGAGAACCAGCUCCCGAAAAGCAUCGCCGAGAAUCUCUGCAACUCUUACAGUCAACUGGGUGCUCGCGGAGUCUCCCUCUUGUUCUCCUCCGGCGACGGGGGCGUCUCUGGUAGCCAGUCUCAGAGCUGCUCUUCUUUCAUCCCCACUUUCCCCUCGAGUUGCCCAUACGUGACUUCUGUCGGAGGCACACAGGGCGUCAACCCCGAAGUCGCUGCCUCUCUCUCGGGGGGCGGCUUCUCCAACUACUUUGGCCGCCCGUCCUACCAAGCCAACGCCGUCUCCGCCUACCUGAACACACUCGGCAGCACCAACGCCGGCCGGUUCAAAGCGAGCGGGUCGCGCGCGUUCCCCGACGUCGCAGCUCCAGCCGAGAAUGUCCUCAUCGUGAGCAGCGGCGAGGUCAGCCCGGUAGCCGGGACGAGCUGCGCGAGCCCCAUCUUCGCGAGCGUCAUCGCGCUCCUCAACGAUCAGCUCAUCGCCGCCGGCAAGAGCCCGCUCGGGUUCUUGAACCCCCUGAUCUACGACAACCCUAGCGCAUUCAACGACAUCGCAUCCGGUGCCAAUCCCGGCUGCGGCACCGACGGUUUCCCUGCAGCGGCCGGAUGGGACCCCGUAACCGGCAUGGGCUCGCCGAACUUUGCCGCCUUGGCGCGGGUCGUAGGCCUGUAG